AUGAAGUUUCCAUUGUCUCGUACCCCGUUUGGCGACUACCCCGCGCUGUCUGAAGCGCAAGCCGAACAGAUUAAGCUGCUUGUCCAGCAAACACUAUCAGAGACCCUAGUGGAGUACGAAUCCCACGAGCAGAAACAGCGGCGGUUGUUGCCGCGUUCACAGUACAAGGUCGUUAAGAAGGUCGAGAACCUCAUCUGUUACCGUCAGAGGUCUAAAGUCUCACCUGAAGUUGUAACACCGGUAACACGUACCUAUCCGACACGCACAAACCCGCCGUCUCCGGUAUCAUCAGUGACGUCUGCAUCGUAUGCGUCCACAGCUCGCAGCGGCGACGCCCAGUCUCUCAGGCACACACCAACGCUGGUUACCGUUGGCACGAUGGCUGGCACACUUGACGACGUCAUGUACGGGCUGCUUGCUACGGAUUCGACGUCAACGUUAAUCCGGGCCUCGUACACCGGCGAAGAGCUGCUGGAUUCCGAGCUGCUCCAUUGCAUUCAAUCCCCGACACCCGUCAAGCCGUUCCAGUUCUGCGGCGUGAAGUGGCACGUGCUGGAAUUGACGAAGAUCACGUCAAAGCGCGAUUUUGUGUUCGUGGAGGCUUCAGGAGUUGUUGAUCGCCCGAACGGCGAGCGUGUAGGAUACCACAUCAUGCACUCGGUCGACCUUCCAGGCCUCGGUGAACUGUCGGAGAAGUAUCAAGUGCUGCGGGCGCACGUCGUGUCCUGCCACCUUUUCCGCCAGCUACCCACCAACACGGUCGACGUGUACAUGAAAGGCCUCGUCGACCCUAGCGGCCACAUGCCUAGCGCCGUUGCCACUGCAUCGACCGUCGGUGCCCUUUUAAAGUUCAGCCAAGCCGUCGAGUGCUCACACAGCAAGAAGCUCGAGUAUUUGCUCGAGCAGGAGCAACUCAAGCGUGCCGGUGCACUGAACAGAGCGAGUGGUGCUAGCCACGCGAGCAUCCAAAGCAAUGGCAAGCUAACGAAAGCAGGUGGGUCGUGCGCCGUGUGCGCCACGACAUUGCACCUAUUCCGCAGUGUAGCUCGCUGCGAGCUCUGCUCUGAAGCUGUUUGCUCCCGGUGCCGCGUUACCCGACGGCUGAGCUACCGUGUCGCUCGCCCGAAGGAGCUGAAGCAGCAGAACACUACCUUCUGUACGACGUGUAUCGCGAAAGCUUCGGCUUACAGUGCCGCCGACGUUAUUCGCUCAGAGCUGGCUGCACAGUCCACGUUCAAGAAGAACGCGUCGAACAGUAUGAACAACUUGGUCUCCAGUCAACUCCGACGGUUCCUGACCGGCUCAACUCUCUCAUGCAACAACACAACGCUAUCGUCUUCUACCUACUCGCGUCUUGAGACGCCCGUGGAGGAGGAUGAGGACGAUCUGUCAUCUCGUCGGACAAGUCUAGAUAUUGAUGGCCCGACCGUAGCCGUCCGAAGGCGGUCGGUGACGCACCCGCCUGUGUCGCGCGAGAAGGUGGAGAUUGAGAUGCUGGCUGAGCUAGAUCUGACGUCCAGUCUCAGCGUGGUGAGCUCCAGCAGCGACUACUUGGACGAGGACUUUUACGAGAACGAGGCGGGUCGAAGGAAGACUCAGCCUCCCAACGCGUUCUCGGAUCUACCCGAAUCCAAACCGGCAGACCCGCUCGCGUGCUCGAUGCCGCCCAAACCCAGCGCUUCAGCAAUGAACAACCAGGUGCGACACCAACGCGACCUCAUUCGGCGCAUGGAGGAGCUGCGGCAGAAUGCCGAGAGCGUUUAUCAACUCACGCGGAGGAACACACAGAUGCAGUGCGGCGGCAUGCCGUUGCAUUCACAGUCCGUGUGCAUCACGAACGUCGAUCUAGAUUAAGCGCUUUCUCAGAGGCAGGAGUGUUCUAAUAGCGUUUGCUUGUUCAGGUCUUUACAUAAUUGACCUGGUAGAGCAGUAUAAUGCUACUCGGGUUGGCAUUUUACCUUACUCUCACCGUUUCUUACAUCUAUCUAUGAUAAACCUGUAGACAUCGUAAGCAAGUUGAUUCGCACCGGUGCCGCGGUAUUGUCCGGGUCGGGUGCGGCUGAGAGCAGUGCUCUCAAUUCUCUUGUCAGUCGUAGCAGCGCUUGUCAAAUGACACCAAGAUGUCGG